AAAAAAAAAAAUAAAAAAUAAAAUAAAAUAAAUCAUUUAUUCAUAAUACACAGAUAUUUUUUUUUUAUCCUUUUAGUGGAAUUAUGCUUCAUGAAUUAUUAUUUAUGCUAUUAGGACACUCUGGUGAUGUCUUUGUUGCUUAUCCAUCCCAACAUCCUUGGACAUUUAUCAUUCAUCCUGACUGCCCUUUACUUCAUCCCUCUGAACGCGAAAGUUUAAAUCGACUAGGUCAAUUAGGAUGGAUCUAUUCAGAAAUCAACCAAUUUGUCAAUAGUAUAAACGAUUUUCAAUCAUUAACUUUAAAAAGAACAAAUAAACCCCAUGGUGCCUAUAUUCGAUCACUUACAACUUCUAUAGAAAAUCUAUUGAACGAUUAUAGAAACGAGAUUUUAGAAAUGGAAAAACGUAUUCUCAAUAAGGAGGAUGAUGCUGGUGGCGGUGUGAUCCCUUUAGCCCUCUUGACUGUGAAUUUGAAUCGAUGGCAGAUUUUAUUACCAGCGCUAUCUAACUUGAUUCGAUCUUUAAAGCAGAACCCUAUCAAAUAUCAUGGAUGUCGAUUAUUCGAUUUGUUAAUAGAAGAAUCAAAGACGGGCAUUUAUGAAUGGCGUAUAGAGAUUGAGAAAAUGAUUAUACAUUUACAUGACGUCUUAUACCGUCAACUUACAGUUUGGAUGGUAUACGGUCAAUGGGUAGACCCUGAUAACGAAUUCUUUAUAUUACCCUUUUCGGAAGAAACGUCUCUGGAGAAAGAUAGGGAGGCGCUAUCAACAGCAGGUUGGCAUCGAUUAUAUGUCAUUGAUUAUGAUCGUGUCCCUUUGCAUUUAUCACGUUCAUUAGUAGAAUCCAUCCUUUUUGUGGGAAAGGCGAUUGCAACUGUAAAUGAAAUCAAUAAGCUUCCCCUCUCACUUUGUCAACAAGGGGACAAUGUGUCACGUCCUAUUGACUUUAUGACAUCCUCCAUGGGGAAAUCAAAUCGUCGUUCUACUCUCUUCUAUCAACAAAAGAAAUUACAAGUACCGAUUGAUAUGAUGACUAAACACCUCCAUUUACUAUCUUCGCUUCAUUCCUCACAGCAUACAACACCACCACCAUUACCUUCAUCUCCCUGGAUUCGUUAUCCUCAACAACUAGAAUUGAUCGUAAACCAAAUUAGACGAUCCACUGCAGAUUGGUUGUUUUCACAAGUUCUGGUUGGUGAACAUGGCUUACAUCGAUAUCUUCAAUCAUUUCGAAAUGUAUUUUUAUUAAACUAUGGAGACUUGUCUACGAAUUUCCUUGUUGAGUGUCUAUUAUGGCGUCAGCGUUCAUUGCAUCGAUCCUACUCUGACGAAGAUCGUCAACGUCGUCGUCACAAUAGCAGCAGCGGCAGCAGCAUCAGCAUCAACAAUAAUAAUAAUAAUAUACAUCAAGCAAGUAAAACAGAUUUAAUAUUAAGACACCAAGAACUGAAUGCUUUAUUGGGUAAGGCUUCUAUAGGCACGGAAGCUGAAGACCAACUGAUGGGCUAUAGUUUAUUAGUCGAGGAUAAAGAAACAGAGCAAUAUCCCUUUUCAAAUUUGUUGUUAGAACAUGUACGCAUCGUAUUAACCUUUCAUCUCGAAUGGCCUAUUGAUUUAUUUUUAAGUAAGGAUCAUUUGAAAAGAUACAGUCAGCUUUGGUCGUUUUUGAUUAGUUUAAAGGGCACUGAAAUGGCCUUGAAGGAUUUGUGGAAGACAGAUCGUUCGAAUGAGGAAGUUAUCGGCAAGCGUUCCAUUCAAUUAAAUGAAAACGAUGAAUAUACUGAGAGAUUUGUAUGGCGUGUAAGAUCAUUGAUGCUAUUUUGGAUCAAGACAUUUUGGAGCCAUAUUCAGCUUCAUGUUAUUGAUUCUCAUUAUCAACAGCUAAUUGCAAUGACAACUCCGUCAACUGUAGCCAAACGUCGAUCUUGGCAACCAAAGGCAAAACUAGACUUUGAAGAGAUUCUAGCCGCUCAUGAAGAAUUUUUAAACAAUAUUAUGCGUGGCUGUUUAUUGGAAUCAACAGAAUGUGUGAAAAUCAUGUACGCUAUUUUAGAUACUUGUCUUGGUUUUUGUAAAUUGAUGGAACAAUUGACUGAAAAGGGAGAAUUAAGAAGAAACAAGCGACGUAAAAGAGCAGCAAGAACAGCUAGUGACAUUGUAAAUCAAUGGACCAAUAAUGAUGUUAAUUUACCAUGGAUGGAAAAAGUGAAAAGUAUUCAAGAGGAAUUUAAUAUGUUGACUCAACAAUUUUUUGCAUUAGCUUCUUCACAGCGAUUAGAUGUUAAAGUAAGUGGUCAAUUAGACGCUUUGCUGACACAAUUAGAUUAUAAUAAAUGGUUUUCUAAAACUCAAUAUACCCAAAUUAUCAUUAACAACACGUGAAACCCUUAUUAUUGCUAUUAUUUUUAUUAAACACACACACACACAUACACACCCCCGCCCCUUCUAAAUUAAGUAUCUCUUUGUCUCUCUCUGUCUCUCUCUCUCUCUCUUUUUUUU